AUGCACGCUCACCUUCUCCAUGGCAUGCGCAAACGCGUCGUAGAACGCCUUCUCAUCUCUAGCAUAGAGAUCCACAAACGGCUUCGUCCUCGGGUCCGUAGCCAUGGCCUGGUCGCUCGCCAGCAGCCCCAUCCCUCUCUGCAGGUUCACAAAGUACGUAUUGUCGAACCUUCCAGGGCUCAUUGGGUCAUUAAACGCCGCAAUAGUCGGGUCCGCACGGUAGCCCGCGCAAAGCUUCCUGAGCCCGCGCGCGUACUCCGGGUUCAUGCUCGGAUCGUCAUGCCCGUCGAGUAUGCGGUCGGCGAACUCGGAGCAGUGGGAGAAGCCGAUGGUGUGGGCGCCCGUGAGCGCAACCAUCUCCUGGACGGUGAACCCCUUGGCCUCGAACAUGGUGAUGAUGGUGGAGAUGGUCAUGUUGGGGAGGGCGACGUGGCCGGGGACGUCGGCUGCGCGGGAGUCGAGGCUGUCCUUGCGGCCGAGGCGGACGGGGUAGUAAGGGCCGCCGACCAUGGAGACGAGGUCGCGGGUGGCCUCCGCGAGGAUGUCCGCGCAGGAUACGGUAUGAUGGGAUCGGGAAAAACAACCAUUGGCAAGGUUUUGGCAGAAGCCCUUGGAUAUUCAUUUUAUGACUUUGACAAAAUGAUAGAGGAGGCUGUUGGUGGAAGAACAGUGGCUGAAAUCUUCAAGUCUUAUGGCGAGAAAAUUUUCAGAGAUAACGAGAUAAAGGUGCCAAGAGUAAUUCCGACAAUUCUGAUGCUAAAAGACGCACGAGGUUUCGACAUAGCUGCACAAAAUUAG